AUGAAACAAAUAAUUAUGAAGGCUUUCGAUAAAAAAUAUAAAGUUAAACCUGGGAUAUCUGUUAUUGGCAAUACGGAAUAAUGUAACAUUCAAGUUCCUUUGCCUGUAUGUUUCAAAUUAAACUAUGAUUCAAAUAUUUUAUGGAUUUAGCCAAUUAUAAAUAUUCAUAGAAUUAAUGGCCAAGGAGAUGCUCAAUUAUUGAGGAUAGAUAAGGAAUAUGAAUUAGAUCUUACAACUGGUCAAAAACAAAUCAUUGUCUAAGAGCAAACAUUAACUUUUGAAUAUGCAAAACCCAAAAUCAUCAAAAUCAAUCUCAUCAAACAAAACAAACCAAAUUUAACUAUUCUCGAACCACAAAUCAAUAAAUAGACUUAAAUUGAAUAAAAUGAAAAACCUAUAACAAAUUCAUAGAAAUCAAAAAGCUAACCUAAACAUUAUUUACUAGUUUAAAAUUAUGUACAAAUCAUUAUUCAUAAUUAGAUUAAAUAAAUGAAUGGAGAAUACAGAAUCAAAUUUUCAAAUUUUUCAGUCUGUAAUGAUGACCUGUUAAAAUUAUUAAAAAUGGGCAUUUAUGUUGAUAUUGAAUAAUAUAACAUUUUGGUUAUGGAAACAUUCAAGAGAACUUUCAAUCUCCUUUUAGCAAUUAAUGAAGGGAAAAUGAUAGUUAAUUCUUAAUGGAUUAAAGAUUGUCUUUCCACAAUGUAAAUUUAAAAUCCCUAUCUUUAUGUUUUGAAAACAAAUAAUUUAAGUAUCUUAAAUUCUAUAGAAACAUCACUUUCAUAAUCAAUUUUUCUAAAUAAGUAGUUUAAUUUAAGCCAUGAUUUGAAAUCUAAUCUUAAAAAUGAAGAAAUUGUUUAGUUAAUAGAGGCAGGAGGAGGAACUAUUAAUAAUGGAGAGAAUUCAAUUAAAAUUGUAAAUAAUGGUGAAGGUGGAGGAUUGGAAAUUGAACAAUUGAUAUAAAUGAUCUUGUUUUAAAGAGUAUGA